CCCGGCUGGAGGUGAUGUGACGGGUGGAGGAGGUGCAGGGAGGGGAGGUCUCUGACGUGAAGGAGUUCAUCUCGUCAGGAGUCCUGACCCUGCCGACUCUGAAGGAUGAGACGACGAGGUCCAGGUCCCUCACGCAUCCCUCUGAGGUCCCCCGGUGUGUCCCCCGGUGUGUCCCAGGGCCUCAGCUUGAGAACCCGCGCGGCAGCAGCCUCAGUUGACUGAGGGUGAUUAAAAAUGAGGCGCCAUGGAAACGAGCGGGCCAAUGGAGGAACGAGGAGCUGUUUACAGGGGGGGUAGCGUUUCUAUGGUUGCUGGACAAACCUCCUGCUCCAGGUAUUAAACUGACUCCCCGACGGGCGCCCGCAGCCCGCUGACACCCGCUGGAAGCAGACGAAGCGCGCAGCGCAGGACGCACUCCGCAGGAAUCCGCUUCUUCCCUUCACUCGGAGGCUGACGGCAGGUGAACCUGAGGCCGGCGGAGGCCGAGCGGUCAGUGAGGGCUGCUGCUCGUCUGGGACUUCAAGGGUCUCCACAGGACAGAGGACACAAGGCGGUGGCAGGGGGAGGAGGACCAGGAGCUGGAGGACACAGAGGAGCAGGAGAGAGAGAGAGAGCCAUGCUGUCUGUGAGCGGGGCCGACCCCUGGUCUGAGGGCUCGGUGGGACUGGAGGAGGAGGUGGUGACGGCGGCUGCUCAGGCCGAGGAGCGGGACAGCCUCAACACCACCAACAGCAUCAGUAGCUGCUGCAGCUCCACCAACCUGGACGACAGCCUGACCAGCCUGCAGUGGCUGCAGGAGUUCUCCAUCCUGGGCGCCAGCGUGCCGCAGCAGGCCCACCACCAGCCGCACCUGUUCGGACACCAGCCGCCGGGCUCCGACGCCCCGUCCUCCCCUCUGGCCGGGGACCCCGCCUCCAUCGGCAUGCCCCUGACCCCGGGGAAGCCCACAGCGGCGGCCUACAGCAGGCUGCAGCCCCUCCCCGGCAUCGUGGCUCACGGUCACUGCCCCGAUGAGGUGGACUACAAGACCAACGCGCACAUCAAGCCGCCGUACUCGUACGCGACGCUCAUCUGCAUGGCCAUGCAGGCCAGCAAGAAGAGCAAGAUCACCCUGUCCUGCAUCUACAAGUGGAUCACUGACAACUUCUGCUACUACCGACACGCUGACCCCACCUGGCAGAACUCCAUCCGACACAACCUGUCGCUCAACAAGUGCUUCAUCAAGGUGCCGCGGCAGAAGGACGAGCCGGGGAAGGGCGGUUUCUGGAAGAUUGACCCGCUGUACGCUGAGCGUCUCCUGAGUGGCGCCUAUAAGAAGAGACGAAUGCCACCAGUCCACAUCAACCCGGCUGUGCAGAACAGGCUCAGGGCCAACCUCCAGCCCCAGUCCAGAGGCCCCUGCAGCCCCACGGGGGCUCAAAGCAGCCUGUGCAUUAACCCAGAGUCCCAGCGACUCCUCCGGGAAUUCGAAGAGGCAACUGGUGCUGAUCAGAACUGGGACCCUCAUCUGGCUGAAGGGACCAUGCUGGGGUCUUGGCCAGUGGUCAGGGGAAGAAGUGGGCACAAGCGGAAACAGUCGCUGGGCUCCAGAAACGGUGCCACCAAAGCCCCUCGGCGGUCCAGCUCCCCACUGCUCUCUGUCGAUGAACAGAAAGACAUCGGACCUUUGAAGGGAGACUUUGACUGGGACGCCCUACUGGACUCGGCCCUCAGCGGGGAGCUCAGUUUGGAGGAAGGAGAACCUCUGAGCCCCAUCAUGAAAGAGGAGGACCUGACAGUGCGAGGGACCCACAUCUCUCCUGUCGAGGCCCCCGCAGGGUCGGCGGACGUCCACGUGCUGGUGGAGACCCAGAGGAAUAAUGACGUGUCGGACUUUGAUGAGGAGACCUUCCUCGCCACAGCCUUCCUGGAGAGCCCCUGGCCAGAGGAGGAGGAACAGUGCCGUAACGAUUUCCUCUGUAGCUCCACCGUCAACCUGGACCAGCUGUUUGACCUCGGAGACUCAUUAGGCGGAGACCCAAGCACCCGAAUCGACACCCUCCUCUGAGGACUGAGGAAUAGCUUUUGACUCUGAAAACUCUUGGCUUCUGGGCAACAACAGACUCUUUUUUUUUUUUACACAAACAAACAGCAAUUAUUGUCCUUCUCAAGAUGUUUAAAGUAUUUUUAGAAUUUCAUUUUGAUGCUGAUUCAUGCAGGAAGUACAUUCCCAAUGCCUACCGAACAAAGAUGCCACAAUGCACCUCAGCAGUUCACAUCAUCAUGAGGGAAAAACUAUGUCGAAUCACUUCUGGUGACCUACGAAAUGACUUGAGACAAACAAAAAUUAGUUUUUAGUUAGCUAGCUUGUUAGCAGCAGUUUGUACUCACAGCAGCUUCAGUAAAACUGGGCACAUGCUAAUAAGCUACGAUAGCUUCCUCCAUUUUGAGAUUGGCCAACAAUGCAAAUUUGUGUGUUGAAAUUAACAAAAAUUGAACUUGAAGCAAAAAAUUCAAAUGGAUUUUCUUCCCCACAGCGGUUUGCUUGAAUGAAUCGAUUUUGUGGCUGAAGUUUGAUGUUGUGAAUGUGGGCGUGAACAGGCCUUUAGGAUGACGCAUCGUGGUCUCCGUUUACAUGGUAUGAAGCGUGUCUCCGUGUUGUCAUUGUACACUUUAUGAGGAUCAACUUUUAGGACAAAGAAGAUAAAAAUAUUUCCCAUCUGCUGAUCCUCAGUAGAGGACGAAGAAACCGAGCAGCAUCAGCAGGCUGUGAUUGACGGAGACACGUUUUUUCAUUUGUUUCUGAGAGUUGUUUUACUGUAAAUACUGUGACAGCAGCACUAUGAUGAUGAAAUAUUUGCCAAAUGAUGUUUGGUGUAUUUUACUGUAUUAGUUUUUUGUGUGUGGGGUUUUCGGUACUAACUAUUCUCUGUAUGCAAAUUUUCAAAAAAUAAAAAUAAUUAGGACCAAUUUAAGUAGAUUAAUAAUAAUUCUGCAGGAUAACUCAAGAGGAAGGGGAGCAGAGGUGUCAGUUCUGUUUCGGAUCAGACUGAAAUAGAAGUAGGAACUACUUUCUGUGAUCCUGUGACUUAGCAGUAGCUGCACAGCAGUGAAGGACUGAGCUUCACGAAACAGCUUGAGGCAAAACUCUCCAACAAAGGACUGUUAGGACCUUAAAAUGCUCACUUUAGAAAGGGCACGGUGCCUUGUAAAUGAAUACCUGACCUUCUAUGUGCCAAGAACAACACUCGGGCCUCGACAGGGUGGGAGUGUUUUUCACCACAAAGAAGAAGAAGUCUUUUUAUUUGUCGCGGUGGAUGCGGGGAGAUACAGCGAGUCGUCGCCGCGCUGACAGAAGAUCUGAUGCAGCUUGGAUAUUUGUGGCGACGGACACGCACUAACCAAACCAAAUCACUCAGUCCACACGAGGACAAGUUAAACACGCAGUUAUCGCUCCCAGUUUCCUUUAAAAUGUUUGAAAGUCGAUGUCCAGUGACACUUGUUAUAGUUCGCAUGCAGUCUGUUCAUGCGGUUUACUUUGGAGAGGCCAGGUUCCCAGGUGUGUGUGUUUUGAGACUCUUUGAAAACAAAACAACCAUGAGACGCUUGUGUAGUUCUUCCUGAUCAAAUAACACUUUUAAUGG